AUGUUACGUGCUUCAGCUUCAAGAAGUGUUCUACUCAGGUCAAUCUUGAUCAAGAAUCAAUUCCACAGUUCCGCAAGGGCCUCUGCUGUCCAGCCUUUCUUAAUGCCAGCCAUGUCUCCAACUAUGGAAAAAGGUGGGAUUGUAGAGUGGGCUGUGAAAGUUGGCGAACCAUUUUCAGCAGGUGAUUUAUUAUUAAACGUGGAGACUGAUAAGUCUCAAAUUGAUGUCGAAGCUCUUGAUGACGGGAAAAUUGUGAAGAUUUUAGAGAAUGACGGUGCCAAAGACGUUGCUGUGGGGAAGACUAUCGCUUUCAUUGCCGAUGUUAAUGAUGAUAUGAACACCAUUGUAAUUCCUGAUGUAAAUGGAACUACUACUAAAUCACCGGACACAGAACCAGUAACAACCCCUAAAGUAGUCAAAGCUGUAAAUGGAAGCACACAAACAUUUAAAAGCACAGAUGGACCAAAAUUGAAAGCGGAUAACAAUCAGACAAUGUAUCCUUCUGUUUUGUUAGAAUUAGAGAUGAAUGGUAUCUCGAAAAAGGAAGCAAUUAAGAAUAUCGAACCAACUGGUCGUAAUGGAAGAAUUUUGAAAGGUGACGUAUUAUCUUAUCUUGGUAAGAUUCCAAAGGACUCUGCACAGAAGAUCGCAUCAUAUAUUAAAGAUUUUGAGAAACUAGAUUUAAAAAAUAUUGAAAUAAAGACAUUGGAACCAUCUGAAGACGAAAAACCUAGCUCCACGGCUGACACUGUGAAGGGCGAACAACCAAUUAAAGAGGAUAUUAUUUUAUCAGAAAACAUCGUUUUCCAUGUGAAGCAAAAUGUCGAUUAUGAACAGCUUAGAAAAUCGUUACGCUCCUAUAUUGAUUCAGCCUAUCAUAAAGCACAUCGUGAAUCAUCAUCUAACAUAUAUUCUGAAUUGUACGAUGAUGCAUUUGAAAGUCUACUUACCCAAGACGAGUCAAAGGCUAGAUUUAAAGUAAAUUUUGAAUUAAUCAAAGUUGAAACUGAACAAGCAUAUGCUCAACCACAUUCCAAUGAUAUUUUUGACUUAUUGUCAAACAACAGCCAUAAAACAGUAGAUUUAGAGGCUAAUGACAAUAGAAAUACCGCUCCUACGGAAAGUGAAUAUUUGGUUUCCUUGAGUGUUAAAUUAGAAGAUCAAUAUUCUGAUGCAUUGGACAAAGCUGAACUGUUUAUGAGUUUAAUGAGACAAUUGCAAUUCUAA